AUGACGUUUUCUGGAAACUCUGUCUCUGGACUCUGUCACCAAGGUUCAUCCUCUUUCUCACUGUCCUAUAGCAAGAGAGUGCCUUUCCACUUGGACCACUGCUUUGGCUGGAGGAAACAUGUCCUUCUCACCCUCAUGGCAGUGGCAUCAGGAGACCUGCAGAAAGAGGGUUCACCUGCCCCAGGGCCUGUCUUCAGCCAAGCAAAUGUCCUCCCAUAUCCCCUGCAUGAUCUGUUGGCUCUCCAGGAAAAGCAAGGACCCUCCACGGAGGGAAUAUUCCAGCGUGGGGCUGGCAAACAUGCUGCCUGGGAGCUGAGUGAAGCCCUUGACAGUGGAACAGAGGUCCACAUGCAAAACCAGCCUGCAUACCUCCUGGCAGUCAUCUUGAAGGACUUCCUCCAAAACAUCCCACUCAAGCUCCUUGAUGUAGAGCUCUACGACCAGCAGGCAGGAGAAGCUGACAGAACUGUGAUAGUAAGUGUGGUGAGCAGCCUGCCUGCCCUGCAGGGACUGGCAGAGGCCAGGCACUUGGUGGCCAACAAGUUCCCAGCCACACACCUCCUCCUCCUGAAGCACUUGCUCUUCCUGCUCUACAACAUCAGCAAAAAUGCUGAAAUGAACAGGAUGACUGCCAGCAACCCAUCUAUUUGUGUGGGACCAAAUAUACUGAGCAAGAUGGAGGAGAGCAUGCUCCCCUGGAAGUGCUGGUGCAGGCGAUAG